AUGACUGCCUCCUCCUCUUCUUCUUCCUCAUACCCACGGCCAUACCCGACGCUCAAUCCUCCGCCGUCAGACUUUGCCGUCAAGCUAGAAGCGCCUGGCGUGCUGCACGUCUCCCUCUCGCGGGGCAAGCUGAACCCAUGGAGCCACACCAUGACUUUGGAGAUGCGUCGUAUCUUUGACACACUUGCCACCGACCCACUGGUAGACGUAGUAGUGCUCAGUGGAGAGGGACGCGCAUUCUGUGCUGGGCUCGAUGUGGGGAGCUCUCAAUUGGCCGAUCUGGCUUCAGAUGAGGGGGAGGAGCCCGCCCAGCCUGAUCCAGCAAGGAUUGCUUUUGGCCUAAAGCAGCACAUUGAUGAGUUUCAAGCCAGCUUGACCAGUAUGGAGAAGUGCAUGAAGCCCGUCAUUAGCGCCGUGCAUGGAAUCGUCUUUGGUCUGGGCGUGGACCUCAUGUGUGCCACUGACAUCCGGUAUGCGGACGAAGAGAGUCGCUUCUGUAUCAAAGAGGUCGACAUCGGCCUCUGCGCCGACAUUGGCUCUCUGCAGCGUUUCCCCAAGAUCGUAGGUAACGAUUCCAUCGCCCGCGAGCUAGCCAUGACUGCCCGUGAGUUUGGAAGUGAAGAAGCUCUACGCAUCGGCUUCUUGAGCAAGGUCACAAAGGGAGGGAGAGAAGGAGCCGUCGCCGCUGCGCUAGCCACAGCUGCCCUUCUGGUGACCAAAUCUCCCGUCGCUCUCCGCUCUACCAAGCAGGUCAUGCUCCACGCCCGAGACCACUCCGUGGCCGAAGGACUGGACUAUGUCUCCACGUGGAAUUCGGCCAUGCUCCAAAGUCGCGAUAUUCCAAAGGCUAUGGCGGGCGCGCUGAGCAAGCAGAAGAUUAGGUUUUCCAGACUGUGAAUGCAGGAUCUCCUCUGUGUUGAGUACGGUCAGCUGAUUAGGCGCAGGAGGGAUGGAGAAGGGGAGAAAGAACCUUUCUAUACUUUGGCUGUGUGGGUCUUGCAUGCAGGCAACGUUGUGUAUGAUAUGAGAUGCUAUGUGCGAUCCCUAUGCUUGCUUUGCUUCGGGUGAACGCUAUGCAACAAGUGGUUCCAUCCUUGAGGACCUG